GUGUUUCUCAAAACUCAGUGAACCAUCCUUGCAUAGUGUGCUGGUAGAAGUUAGGUUAAAGGGUUUAAAAUUAGAAAAUGUCGGAACAACCAAAUAGCCUGAUAAAUGGUCCUUCAACUGAUUAUAGUAAGGAUAUGCCAAAACUACAAAACGGAAACGGUCCCCAAUCGUUACCUCCACAAUACGAAGGCCCUCCUAUUAAUCCGCAAAGGCCUCUAACCAGAGUUGACAGCAGAAGCAAUUUCCAAUUCCGUCCUCCUUUUCCCAAUCAACCAGGGACUCCAAUCAGGCCAGGACCAGGGCAAGUUCGUCAGUCUUUACCACCAGGUUCACAGCAAUUUCUACAAAGGAACCCUAACGCAGUGCCUAUACAACGACUACAGGGAUCAAUUCAAGGUCCGCAAGGAAUUUCACAAGGGCCAGCUCCUGGUUUUCAAGGCAUUUCUCAGGGACCACCUGGUCAACCAUUUCCAGCAAACCAACAAAGAGCCGGCUUCAGACCUCAGACUCCUUUCCCAAGACAGGCAUUUCCUAAUCAAAGACCUCCAGGCAUAUUUCAACAGAGAUCAGUUCCCAGUUUUGGGAAUUUGAGACCCCAAAUUCAGGAGGAAUUAGGUAGAAGUCAAACUCUGGAUACUUCAGAGACUGAUCAUUCUAAUAUACCUAAUGACAACAAAAUCAACAGCAAUGAUUAUAUUAAAGCACCCUCCAUAGCUGCUAUGAACAACAGAAGCUUCAGCUUGAGCUCGAACCCUCCUGAACCAACCGGAGAGACUAGAGAGGAAGCUAGACGUAGAUCUGUGAGCAGCGUAGAUAGUAUGGGAGAGGGAAGACCGGGUUCAAGGCCAUUGUCUAGACAGAGUUCCGUUUCUGGCUCCAACGAGAAUUUGGAUAAGAAGCCGGAUAAUGAAAUUCCAUCUAGACCAGAGUCAAGGUCGACCUCCAGAAUGAAUAAGAUUAUUGAAGAUGAGGAUCUGUCCACCAAUUCGUUAACGGAAAUUUCCCAGAAAAGUCCGGAUCUGAGCAAUAUAAGUCCGAGUACAAGCAAUUCUCCAUCUCAGCCAACCGUUAGCAAGACUCCGGACAGCGCAGGAAGUCAACCUGUAGCCAGAGAACCUCUGGAAAAUGGCACCAAGGAUGGGCCAAGUGGGACCGGAAAAUACUUGGAUUUGGGAAAACCGCCGAAGCCAAAAUCUCCAGCGAGAUCAGAAGGCGAUAACGACAGUGGUGUGGAUGAAUCUACUCAAGGAAAC